AUGAAGAAGUGCCAGGAGUGCAGGCGGCAGAUGGAGUUUUAUUUGCCAGACGAGCCUGUGGCUUGCAGCCACUGUGCCAGGAAGGCGCCAGUUUCCAGCGCGGGAGAAGUUGCUUCGGUUUCCGCCAUGGAAGAAGUUGUUUCGGAUACAGACAGCGAACCUGAAGAUUCUGAUGCUGAAUGGUCGCUCGUCUCUGAGUCCUGGCCGUCAGUUGCAGAGUAUCUGAGCAAGGAAGUGUGCGAAGAAUGCUCUGCACAAGUCACCCAGGAAGGCCUGGAGUUCACUUGCCAAUCUGCCAAGCAUUGCUUCUUUCUCUGCGGGUCCAAGAGCUGCUGGAAGAAAUUCGAGAAAAAAUGUGAGGAUGCGGCCGGGAAAAGGGGCAAGAGCGGCAAGAAGAAGCUUGACUUCGCGCAGCAUCGAGGUUGCUCGCCUUGCCCUUCUUGUGGUUUACUCCUCACCGAGGGCCCGGUGAAACGCGAGCAAGAGUGUUUGAUUUCCGGUACUGGCCCGACUUGCUUUCCCUACAACACACUGCUGAUCGUGCCCGGCCCGGAUGGGGCACUCAAACCCAUCCAAACCUUCCGUCCGAACGACACGCUCAUCUCCGCACAGGGUCACGCCGUGAGGGUGAAGGCAAUUCAGCUGUCCGAAGAGGGAGACCAGGAGCUUCUUUCCUUGCAGACCGAGAAUGUGCUCCAGUUGCAAUGGGUGCAUGGGAGACAGUUGCCGAGUGUUUGUGUGUUUCCCAUUCUGCUGGCUCUGGCUCGUAGCACUGAGGCGGCUGCGAUUCAACUUGGAGACCAUGUUCUGAUCUCGGGAGGGGGCAAAGAAAAGCUGCUGAAGAGCGAGCUCGUGACGAUUCGCACGGUGUCGGUGGAUCUGGAAGUGAUUCCAAAUGAGCCUUUGCUGGCUUUUCCACCGCUGCCGGAGGCGAUCCAAAGCAUGGGUCGCCAGCAAUCUCGCACAAGACGAGGCCGCCCACCGGCAGGCAACGAGACAGAAGAAGGUCAGCCUUCCCAACACAGAUGA